AGAAUCUUGAAAUCGGUGAAAAUCUUGAAUUCAGGAUUUUGGAAAGCUAAGAUCUUGAAAUCGGCCAAAAUCUUAAAUUCAGGAUUUUGGAAAGCUAAAAUCUUGAAAUCGGUCAAAAUCUUGAAUUUAGGAUUUUGGAAAGCUAGAAUCUUCAAAUCAUCCAAAAUCUUGAAUUCAGGAUUUUCGAAAACUAAGAUCUUGAAAUCGGCCAAAAUCUUGAAUUCAGGAUUUUGGAAAGCUAAAAUCUUGAAUCAAGGAUUUCGGAAAGCUAAGAUCUCUAAAACGGCCAAAAUCAGCAGUUUGGAAAGCUAAAAUCUUGAAAUCGGCCAAAAUCUUCAAUUCAGGUUUUUGGAAAACUAAGAUCUUGAAAUCGGCAAAAAUGUUGAAUUUAGGAUUUGAAAAAGCUAAAGUCUUGAAAUCGAUAAAAAUCUUCAAUUCAGCAUUUUGGAAAGCAAAAAUCUCGAAAUCUACAAAAAAUCUUCAAUUCAGGAUUUUGGAAAGGUCAAAUCUUGAAAUCGGUCAAAAUCUUGAAUUCAGGAUUUUGGAAAGCUAAAAUCUUCAAAUAAUCCAAAAACUUGAAAUUAGGAUUUUGGAAAGCUAACAUCUUGAAAUCGGCAAAAAUCUUGAAAUCUGUGAAAAUCUUGAAUUCAGGAUUUUGGAAAGCUAAAAUCUUGAAAUCUGCUAAAUCUUAAUUUAAGGAUUUUGGAAAGCUAAGAUCUCUAAAGAGGUCAAAAUCUUGAAAUCAGGAUUUUGGAAAGCUAAAAUCUUAAAAUCCGCCAAAAUCUUGAAUUCAGGAUUUUGAAAAGCUAAAAUCUUGAAAUCUGCUAAAUCUUAAUUUAAGGAUUUUGGAAAGCUAAGAUCUCUAAAGAGGUCAAAAUCUUGAAUUCAGGAUUUUGGAAAGCUAAAAUCUUAAAAUCCGCCAAAAUCUUGAAUUCAGGAUUUUGAAAAGCUAAAAUCUUGAAAUCUGCUAAAUCUUAAUUUAAGGAUUUUGGAAAGCUAAGAUCUCUAAAGAGGUCAAAAUCUUGAAUUCAGGAUUUUGGAAAGCUAAAAUCUUAAAAUCCGCCAAAAUCUUGAAUUCAGGAUUUUGAAAAGCUAAAAUCUUGAAAUCUGCUAAAUCUUAAUUUAAGGAUUUUGGAAAGCUAAGAUCUCUAAAGAGGUCAAAAUCUUGAAUUCAGGAUUUUGGAAAGCUAAAAUCUUAAAAUCCGCCAAAAUCUUGAAUUCAGGAUUUUGAAAAGCUAAAAUCUUGAAAUCUGCUAAAUCUUAAUUUAAGGAUUUUGGAAAGCUAAGAUCUCUAAAGAGGUCAAAAUCUUGAUUUCAGGAUUUUGGAAAGCUAAAAUCUUAAAAUCCGCCAAAAUCUUGAAUUCAGGAUUUUGGAAAGCUAAAAUCUUGAAAUCGGUUAAAAUCUUGAAUACAGGAUUUUGGAAAGCUGAGAUCUUGAAAUCGGCCAAAAUCUUUUAUUCAGGAUUUUGGAAAGCUAAGAUCUGGAUAUCGGCCAAAAUCUUGAAUUCACGAUUUUGGAAAGCUGGAAUCUUCAAAUCGGUCAAAAUCUUGAAUUGAGGAUUUUGGAAAGCUAAAAUCUUGAAAUCCGCCAAGAUCUUGAAUUCAAGAUUUUCGAAAGCUAAAAUCUUGAAAUCGGUCAAAAUCUUGAAUUCAGGAUUUUGGAAAGCUUAAAUCUUGAAAUCAUCCAAAAUCUUAAAUUCAGGAUUUUGGAAAGCUGAGAUCGUGAAAUCGGCCAAAAUCUUGAAUUCAGGAUUUUUGAAAACUAAAAUCUUGAAAUCCACCAAAAUCUUGAAUUCAGGAUUUUGGAAAGCUAAGAUAUUGAAAUCGGCCAAAAUCUGGAAUUCAGGAUUUUGGAAAGCGAAAAUCUUGAAAUCGUUCAAAAUCUUGAAUUCGGGAUUUUGGAAAGCUGAGAUUUUGAAAUCGGUCAAAAUCUUGAAUUAAGGACUUUGGAAAGCUAAAAUCUUUAAAUCGGUAAAAAUUUUCAAUUCAGGAUUUUAAAAAGGGAAAAUCUUGAAAUCGGUCAAAAUCUUUUAUUCAGGAUUUUGGAAAGCUAAGAUCUGGAUAUCGGCCAAAAUCUUGAAUUCACGAUUUUGGAAAGGUAGAAUCUUCAAAUCGGUCAAAAUCUUGAAUUGAGGAUUUUGGAAAGCUAAAAUCUUGAAAUACGCGAAGAUCUUGAAUUCGGGAUUUUGGAAAGCUGAGAUCUUGAAAGCGGCCAAAAUCUUCAAUUCAGGAUUUUGGAAAACUGCAAUCUUGAAAUCGAAAAAAAUCUUGAAUUGAGGAUUUUGGAAAGGUAAGAUCUUGAAAUCGGCCAAAAUCUUGAAUUCAGGAUUUUGGAAAGGCAAAAUCUUGAAAUCGGUCAAAAUUUUGAAUUCAUGAUUUUGGAAAGCUAAGAUCCUAAAAUCGGCCAAAAUAUUGAAUUCAGAAUUUUAGAAAGCUAAAAUCUUGAAAUCGGUCAGAAUCUUGAAUUCAGGAUCUUGGAAAGCUAAAAUCCUGAAAUCGGUCAAAAUCUUGAAUUCACGAUUUUGAGAAAGCGAAAAUCUUAAAAUCGGUCAAAAUCUUGAAUUCAGGAUUUUAGAAAGCUGAGAUCUUGAAAUGGGCUAAAAUCUUGAAUUCAGGAUUUUGAAAAGCUAAAAUCUUCAAAUCGGUCAAAAUCUUGAAUUUAGCAUUUUUGAAAGCUAAAAUCUUGAAAUCGUUCAAAAUCUUGAAAUCGAAAAAAAUCUUGAAUUCAGGAUUUUGGGAAGGUAAAAUCUUGAAAUCGGUCAAAAUUUUGAAUUCAGGAUUUUGGAAAGCUAAGGUCUUAAAAUCGGCCAAAAUAUUGAAUUCAGAAUUUUAGUAACCUAAAAUCUUGAAAUCGGUCAGAAUCUUGAAUUCAGGAUCUUGGAAAGCUAAAAUCUUGAAAUCGGUGAAAAUCUUGAAUUCAAGAUUUUGGAAAGCUAAAAUCUUGAAUUCACCAUUUUGGAAAGCUAAUAUCUUAAAAUCGGCCAAAAUCUUGAAUUCAAGAUUUUGGAAAGCUUAAAUCUUGAAAUCGGUCAAAAUCUUCAAUUCAGGAUUUUGGAAAGUUAAAAUCUUGAAAUCGGUCAAAAACUUGAAUUCAGGAUUUUGGAAAGUUAAAAUCUUGAAAUCGGCCAAAAUCUUGAAUUCAGGAUUUUGAAAAGCUAAAAUCUGAAAUCCGCCAAAAUCUUGAAUUUAGAAUUUUGGAAAGCUAAAAUCUUGAAAUCUACCAAAAGCUUGAAUUCAGGAUUUUGGAAAGCUAAUAUCUUGAAAUCGGCAAAACUCUUGAAAUCGGUGAAAAUCUUGAAUUCAUGAGUUUGGAAAGCUAGAAUCUUAAAAUCGGUCAAAAACUUAAAUUUAGAAUUUUGGAAAGCUUAGAUGUUGAAAUCGGCCAAAAUCUUGAAUUCAGGAUUUUGGAAAGCUCAAAUAUUGAAAUCGGUUAAAAUUUUGAAUUCAGGACUUUGGAGAGCAAAAAUCUUGGAGUCGGCCAAAAUCUUGAAAUCGGAAAAAAUAUUGAGUUCAGGAUUUUGGAAAGCUGAGAUCUUGAUAUCGGCCAAAAUCUUUUAUUCAGGAUUUUGGAAAGCUAAAAUCUUGAAAUCGGCCAAAAUCCUGACUUCAGGAUUUUGGAAAGCUAAGAUCUUGAGAUAGGCCAAAAUCUUGAAUUCAGGAUUUUGGAAAGCUAAAAUCUUGAAAUCGGCAAAAAUCUUGAAUUCAGGAUUUUGGAAAGCUAAAAUCUUGAUAUCGGCCAAAGUCUUGAAUUCAAGAUUUUGGUAAGCUAAUAUCUUGAAAUCAACCAAAAUCUUAAAUUCAAUAUUUUGGAAAGCUAAAAUCUGAAAAUCGGUCAAAAUCUUGAAUUCAGGAUUUUGGAAACCUAAAAUCUUGUAAUCGGUCAAAAUCUUCAAUUCAGGAUUUCGGAAAGCUAAAAUCUCGAAAUCCGCCAAAAUCUUAAAUUCAGGAUUUUGGAAAGCUAAAAUCUCGAAAUCUGCCAAAAGCUUGAAUUCAGGAUUUUGGAAAGCUAAAAUCUUGAAAUCGGUCAAAAUCUUGAGUUCAGAAUUUUGGAAAGCUAAAAUCUUGAAAACUGCCAAAAGCUUGAAUUCAGGAUUUUGGAAAGCUAACAUCUUGAAAUCACCAAAAAUCUUGAAAUCUGUGAAAAUCUUGAAUUCAGGAUUUUGGAAAGCUAGAAUCUUGAAAUCGGUCAAAAUCUUAAAUUUACGAUCUUGGAAAGCUAAGAUCUUGAAAUAGGCCAAAAUCUUGAAUUUAAGAUUUUGGAAAGCUAAAAUCUUAAAAUCGGCCAAAAUCUAGAAUUCAAGAUUUUGCAAAGCUAAGAUCUUGAAAUCGGCAAAACUAUUGAAUUGACGAUUUUUGGAAAGCUAAAAUCUUGAACUCGGCCAAAAUCUUGAAAUUGGUCAGAAUCUUGAAUUCAGGAUUUUGGAAAGCUAAAAUCUUAAAAUCGUUCAAAAUCUUGAUCUUAGGAUUUUGGAAAGGUAAAAUCUUGAAUUCAAGAUUUUGGAAAGCUUAAAUCUUGAAAUCGGUCAAAAUCUUGAAUUCACGAUUUUGGAAAGCUAGAAUCUUCAAAUCGGUAAAAAUCUUGAAUUGAGGACUUUGGAAAGCUGAAAUCUUGAAAUCCGCCAAGAUCUAGAAUUCAAGAUUUUGGAAAACUAAAAUCUUGAAAUCAGUCAAAAUCUUGAAUUCAGGAUUUUGGAAAGCUAAAUUCUUAAAAUCGGUCAAAAUCUUGAAUUCAGGAUUUUGGAAAGCUAAAAUCUUCAAAUCAUCCAAAAUCUUGAAUUCAGAAUUUUGGAAAGCUAAAAUCUUGAAUCAAGGAUUUUGGAAAGCUAAGAUCUCUAAAACGGCCAAAAUCUUUAAUUCAGCAUUUUGGAAAGCUAAAAUCUUGAAAUCAUCCAAAAUCUUGAAUUCAGGAUUUUGGAACGCUAAGAUCUUGAAACCGGUCAAAAUCUUGAAUUCACGAUUUUGGUAA